CGCUGGAAGCCUCGCGAGAGUUGGCCGCGCCGGCUGCCCUUGAGCUCGCCGCGGCGCGGAAGGGUGCGCGGAACGGCGAGCGCGGCCGGGCGCAGCCAUGGCCCAGCUGCUCCUCCGGUCCUACGAUGAGAUCCCCGACGGCACCGAGUGUCACCGCAAGACCUACAUCACCACCGCGCUGGGCGGCCUCGUUGGCGCCAUAGGCUCGGCUUACAGCGUCGUGCUCAACCCCGCGGACACCCACCUGGAAGCCGUGGCCAGGGCUGGCCGCUACACGUUCUCCGCGGCUGCCGUCGGAGCUAUGUUUGGUCUCGCCACCUGUGCCAGUGCCCAGCUCCGCGAGAAGCCAGACGACCCCCUGAACUACUUCAUCGGGGGCUGCACCGCGGGCCUGACCCUGGGAGCGCGUGCUCACAGCUAUGGGACUGCAGCUGUUGGCUGCGUGUACAUGGGCACCGCGGCAGCCCUGUUCAAGAUUGGCAAGCUGGAAGGCUGGGAGUACUUCUCUAGUCCCAAGAUGUGAGCAGAACCCGCGCGGCGAAUAAACACUGUCUCCCUUUGCCCACA